GUUCCAGUUGAAGGACCAUAUCAGAACUAUAUGUUUGCCCAUCCCCAAGCAAACGUUUAAACCGCGCCGUUGCAUUGUUGCUGGACAGGCAUGGACAGGCACACAUGUGAGCAACAGUUGAGGAGAACCAAAAUGGGUCAUAACUUUCAGCUGCCUGCCAGUAUGAUUUGCGCCGGAGGUGAGUUAAACCAAGAUGCCUGCACCGGAGAUGGCGGAUCUGCCCUGUUCUGCCCCAUCGGAGAGGAUGACUCAGGUCUCUACGAGCAAGUUGGCAUCGUUAACUGGGGCAUCGAGUGCGGCCUGAAAGAUGUCCCGGCCACCUACACAGAUGUGGCCCAGUUCAGGGACUGGAUUGUGGAGCAUCUGCUAUCUUUCUGAUAUAGGAAACAAGGGAGCUCAGAACAUUAGAUACUCUCAUGAUGGACAUAAUGCACAACAAAUGUUUACUGCAGUAACGUGUGUUUGUUAAAAUUUAUGUUGCAUCAAUGAAAAUAAAAAAAAAAAAUUUUUA